GGUCUGUCAUGAUCGGUAAAGUUUACACCGGGUUUGUAGUUUCGCUGGGUCCAUCUAAUUGCUUAACUGGAUUGCUAUCAAUUUUACACCGUCUUUUUUUAAUUUUAGAACAACCGAAUUAAAGGAUUCAUUCGGCAAGGGAAAUGAAUUCCAAAUUUAAUUUUGAGCACAAUCCGGUAUAUUUACGAAACAACUGUUUGGUUAUUUAUGGGUUGGAAACACAUUUUCUGGUCAAAUAUUUGAGUUUACUGCCAUUAUCAGCAAGUAAAAGACAUCAUCAGUCAUUUUCAAAAUUCAUGUAUUGUAAUCCUAAAUGCUGAAGUCCUAGAUUAGAUGAAAGACUUUAAUGUGAAAUGUUAUAUUAAAGACGUGCUGUGCAGUGCAUUUUGAUAACCUGUAGAAAGAGAAAGAUCCAUGCGUUUCUUCAUUAAAGUCAAACAGAAACAUGUAUUUGAUGACAUAAACUCUAUCCAGAUGUGGUAUCAAGAUGGAUUUCUUAUUUCAGAAUUAAAUCUACAGUUCUACUGCAGUCAAAGACAUGCAUAUUAACAUGAGGGAGGAUGAAAUUCACCAAGUGUUGUAUUCUCCAGAUGUGAUGGUUUUUUUCAUGAUGUUAUGGCCAUAUGAGCUAGACUUUGUUGGAUGAAGGCUAUCUGCAAAAUUAUACAAAUUAAAGAUAUUUUUUCUUUGAAUUAAAUAGGAGCAUAACGUGGAAUUAAAUAAUGCUCCUACAUCUUUAUUUUCUCUGAAAUGCUUACAUAAUUGUAGCUGUAUUUAUGCAGAAUGUGAUAUAUAUAUUUGUAUAUGAAACCUCAUAAUGCCUGAUAAAAAAGAACCUUACAUUCCUGUAAGUGACAGGGAUAAUGUAGUUUGUGCAGCAAACUACGAAGAUAUAGCAUUAUCUAGGGAAACUCUGCAUUCAGAUUCAAAAAAUGAUUUGCCCAUGUCUGGCCAGAUGGAAGAAAAUAGUGUACCUUCAUGUCAUACAGCCUUUCCAGUCGAUUUAAAAGAAGUUUUUGAGCUGACAAAUCCAAGUGCAGAAAUUCACCAAGCCAUAUUGCGACCUACAGGAGAUAUAGAUACUGUGUCUUUACAGUAUUCUCAUUCUUCUCAAAUGCUGCAUUCACCUAAAGAGGAACAGCAAAAUGCAUCUGAAAAUGAACAGGGGGCAUGGCGUCAUGUGCUAAGGGAGCAGAGUUCUCACUCCGAAAAUAUUAGUGAAAGAAAUCAGCUUCUUCAUCCAAUAAAAGAUCACUCAUCUGAGGAAAGGAGAUCUUGGGAAAGUGUAAUUGAUGAAUCACAGAAUCUAAAUGAAGAAGUAACUUCUGAGAAUGAAAUGUUGCAUUCAAGCAAACCCUCUCAAAUAACUGUGAUUAACAAUCAGGAGGCCUGGAAUCAUGUUAUAAAACAGGCUUCUGAUAAUGAAAAACAACAUAUUCAUUGUGGGAACAAAGAACAACCUCAGAUAUUAAGUACUAGUGAUCAUGGAUCUUGGAAUCAUGUACUGGAUGAAAUGCCGAAUGCUAGAGAAUUGCCACACACUGCUCAAAUGAUUCAUGCUCAUGGAGAAUCAAGUCAAGUCAUUAAUGGGCACAAGCAGUGGAAUCAUGUGCUAACUGACCAGUCAUCACACCAAGAUGUUGGUAAUGUGCCCCCAAUUGAUUUAUCAGGAGAAUGUACAAAACUGACCUCACUUAUUCCUGAUAGAAGAGAUGUUUCAUGCCAGGUUGAUGACAUUCCUAGCCAUCCUUCCUCAGAUGAAGAUCCCCAUAAUACACAAGAAACUCUGAAAAUUAAAUGUUCUGAUUCUCAUAAUAAGCAUAUUGUAGUGACAUCAGCACUUGAUGAUGUCCCUCAGAGUAUGCUUAAUUUAACAAUUGUCACUGAAGCACCAACCAGUUCUCCUCAGGUAGUUGUACACAAUGGGAUAAGGCCUGAAUUAUAUACACAAGAGCGGCAUUUAGUGGUUCAGGCUGGUACUAAAGCACAAGUUAGCACAAAAACUUCAAGUACUUAUCCAUGUAAUCAUUGUGGCAAAAUUUUUGGGGACAGUCGAAGUUUGCAAAGACACAUGUUAAUACAUAUAGGUUUAAGGCCAUAUCGUUGUCCAGUUUGUGGGAAGGCCUUUAUGCUUAAUGGAGAUCUUACAAGGCAUAUAAGAAUUCAUAGUGGUGAGAGGCCAUAUGCUUGUGAUGUCUGUGGACGACGCUUUACAUUGAAAGGUAAUUUGAUGCAACACUUUCGAACGCACACUCCAGAAAAACAGUAUGCUUGCACUAUCUGUGAAAAGAAUUAUGCCCAGAAGGACAGUUUACAUAGGCAUAUUCGAGCUCACUUUGGUGAGAAGCCUUUUGAGUGCACUACUUGUGGUAAAAGAUUUACCUUAAAGGGUGACUUAAGCCGCCACAUACUUAUUCAUUCAGGAGUCAAGCCACAUUCUUGCAAAUUUUGUGGCAGGCAGUUUGCUCUUAAAGGUAAUCUUACUCAGCAUGUUCGAACUCAUGUUCGCACUCAAGCUAAAGGAGCUGAAGGAUCGGGGAACUCAUUCAUGAAAAGUCAAGCUGAACCUCAGCUUAUAUGCGAUUUGAGUUACUCACAUGUCCAAAAAACUUAUGCAUCUGUGCCAAAUAGUGCCUCUUUAAAAUUACCUCAUGUAAUAACUUCUGGCCAGGAUACAAACCUAGCCAAUGCUCAUCCAUAUGUACAAACCUCAUCUCCUACUGAUAAUAAUCACCAGUCUCCUUCUGCAGGCUUAUCAUUUUGUUCUGAAUGUUCUAAAACAUUUCCAUCUCCAGAAAGUCUUCAUGAGCAUGUACAGCUCAUACAUGAACAGUCAACUAGACUGGCUUCAAACCGGUACCUGUGCAAUAUUUGUCAGAAAGAAUUCUGCCUCAAAGGUGAUUUAACAAGACACUUGAACAGUCACAAUGGUGUUAAACCAUAUGAAUGCGAACACUGUAAUAAAACAUUUACAUUAAAGAGCAAUUUACGGCAGCAUUUAACUACACAUAGAGUGGAUAAAAGUUUUGCCUGCCCAAUGUGCUCCAAAUCCUUUGGAAAUCGUAGGAAUUUGAAUCUGCAUCUAAGACGGCAUGAACAAGCUCGUGCCAACUUUACCUGCACUAAAUGUGGGCGCUCUUUUCUAGCUAAGUCAGAUCACUUUUUCCAUGAUUGUAUGAAGGAUGAAACAUCUACAUCGCCUUUGGAAAAUUCUCGUACACCAGUUUCAACAAAUACUGUAAUAAAUAAUGCUACACCUCCAGCUUCCCCACAAGAUGCAGUGUGCUCGACACCGGUGACUGUCCAGACAAAUAUUGAAGUUCCCAAUCAGACAGUUCCUCUUGCAAUACUUCCAGUCAAAAGAGAAGCUUGUCAUUUGCCUUGUGAUGAUAGGGAAUUGGGAGAUCCUUUGGAAUGUAGUACCCCUGCUUUAACUGCUGUAAAUGGUGCACAAUCCUUUCUGGGACCUCUUUAUCGUCACUUGUAUUUCUCUACCUCACAUCAGACUAUGAUACCUGCAUUAAAAGGAUUACUUCAUGCUACAUCAGGCGAUGCUAAUAUUGCAGAUUUUAACAGAGUAGCCAAAACUAGUUAGUUAUUAAUAUUGCUGUAAAAAAGGAAAUAGUACUAUGUAUAUGCAAGCAUCAAAUGAGUAUUGCAAAGAUACCUUGUACUUUUUAUUCUGUUACUUGCCAUUACUAGUGAAUAAUCCAAAUAUAACAAUUUGUCAUAAUACAUAUUAGUUAUAUGCAAACUCUUGCCAGGAUGCAUUUCUUUUUGGUGGUAAAGAUGUAAUGUGAUAAAAUACUGUUAUGCAAUAAUUUUUAAAAAAUAGGCUAAAUGUUCCAACACAUUUCGUGAACUAUUUUUGGAUGUCAUGAAUCUUAAAUAUUCACUAGCUAAUACAAAAGUUGUUUAUUACCUUCUUCAUAAUAUUUCAUCAGGGAAAUAGUUUUUAAACUAUGCUUCAGAAGGUAAUAAAUCUGCUAGGUAAAGUGUACCAUCCAAUUAAUAUCUGCCCUGCAUUCUGUAAAGUUCAUCAUUUUAUAGCAGCAGAACUUGCAACAUUUUUUUACAUCAAAGCUAAUAAUCUGAAUAGAGCUAUCUGUAAUUUAUUUUAACAGCUGAGAUGAAUAUAAUCUGGAAGUGGAAUAAUAAAUAUUAUUAAGUUAACUAUUUCUUAAAAAACAUAUGACAAAAUUGUUUUAAAAAAAAGUGUUGGUCACCGACUAAAUUACAAUUCAUUUUCGUUAUAUGAUUCAUACUUUUUUUUAAAAAUGGUUUUACUUUAUAAAGAAGGAAUUUUUUAUCACCUCAAAAUUUUAUUUUUAUAUUCUUUGUUUCUCCAAAGUAACUUCUUUAGCUGAAAUUUCUCUCUCUUGUUUCUUUUCAAUGCAUUUUCUUAAAAAAAAAAAAAAAAAAAAUUAAGGCUGCCAAGCAUAAAUAAUAGUUAAUAAUUCACUGAGUGGAUUUUUAAAAUUUUCUGCAAUUAAAUUGAGGCAAUAAAUGUGAAAGGAAAUGUAGUAGAUACCACUUAAUGUGAUCAUGUUUGUUCAUGGCCAUUUUUGAUAACGUAAACUGAAUCGUAAUAUUAAAUGAUGAAAAAGUUUAUCCUUCAAAACAGUUAUUGGAUUUAACUAAUUUGAUACAAAUAUAUGUAGAGACAUAUAAAUGUGCACUUUAGCAGCAUUUGAAUUAAGAAAUCGUAUUUCUAUUGGAAUGUCUACUAGAGUUAUGCAAAAGCUCAUUUAUAAGGAAUUCAUAAUGUUUCUGAAAAUUAUUUUACUGAUACUGUAUUCCUUAUCCUAGAGGGCAUCUCUCAUCUCAACAGUAAUAGGGAAUUCAUUAGUUUCAUUAUGAUAAUCUUCAGGAAGUUUACUACAUGAUGCUCUUGGAUUUAUUUCACAAAGCAAGUGAUAGAUUUUUUUUUUUCCUUCUGCCAUCAUUGUUGAAGUUUGGAUGUUUUCAUCAUUAUCCACCCAUGCAUAAAAUUAAUCAUAAUUCAUGUUAGCUGGAGACACUGCUUUCCCUUCUUCAAUGUUCUCUAUUUCAUCAUUUAUUAAAAGAUCUGCAUAUUUAAAGAAGUUUUUUGUUGUCUUUUUUGAGACAUGGUUCUAAGACUGUUUAGUAAAUGUAGUGCUUCAGUGGGAGGGGGCUGGUUUAUUUGCAUUUAUAUCCAUAUCAUCCAUUGAAUUAGGGCUGUGGUAUUUUCUGGUAUAUAUAUAUAAUUUCAAUAUGCUUAAGACAAACAUUAGCGUUAUGCACCAUGCAAUUGUUUGUUAUCCCAUUUCAAAAGCUGUUCACUAAAAUUAUUGACAUCAUUCAUGCCUUGAAUUAUAUCAUUGGUUAACUCUUUACUUCUUGAAAGCAUUAGGAUUUUUUUUUCCUUUAUCUGAUUACUAGUGACUGUAUUUUUUACCACACAUGCUGACGUAACAUGAAAUGUUCACAUGCUCGUUCAAUAUUUUACAACCUUUUGAUUGGUUUAUUGGAUUAUGGCAUAGCACUCUAGGCUUAUCUGCCUAAGGGAGGAAUGCCUUUGUGAAGAACUUUCUAAGGGAAACUGGCUGGUAUUUGCAUUAUAUAUGGGAAAGCCAUGAAAACACCCAAGCAGCCAGCCAUUUACCUGAAAUUGAACUACCAGUGUUCAGCGACUUUACCACCUGGCUGCUGGUUAGCCAGAACCUUUUGAAUUCUCAGUUUUAAAUGAAUAUGUGUUUUUAGGCGAUGCAUGUGACUAUACACCUGCACAUCAAAACACUGUUCUGUAUACAUUAAAAAUGUUUUCAGGUCAUAUAAUUUAAGAUAUUCUUUUGACAGCAGUGUUCCUGUAGCUGGUAAAUCAAUACCUUUUUCUUCACUGGUAAAACAUUUGCAAAUUGUAUUUUUUCAUUCGCUAAAAGAGACAUAUAUUGCUAUUAAAUCAUCUUUCUCCAUUAUUAUGGUUAAUUCUUCAACUUUCUGCCAAAUCAAUAGACAACUGAUUGUCACAUCUUUUUCACAAAUUUUUCUAAAUCUGACCUUUCUCAUUGUGACUUUUUCUGCUGCAUAUCUUUUUCAUGUUUUCAUUUCAGUUUAAUUUUGCAAACAUUAUACUAAGGAUUCUUGAAAAUUUUAAGAGGGGUUAAGAAACAUUUAACUUAAUGACAGCAUUCUGUUGACUGACUUUUAGGAGCAGGUCCUAGUAGUUUACUAAAUCAACUGUAUCCGCUAGAUUAUGCUUUUUUACUUGGUCUGUAAUUUUAAAAUGAUCAUAAAAACCUAAAAAUGCCUACAUAUAAUAAAAAUAAUUAAAAAUAACUAAAUAGAACAAAAAAUGAGCACUUCCUUGAAUUAGGACAUUCAACAAAAUGCUCAAAAAAGGGAGGAAGAAAAACGGGGGAAAAGGAGAGAGAGAAGAAAAUUUCAGUUCAUGAAAGCAAGAGUAUCUAAAAUUCCAGUUUUAUUAAAUUGUUUAGUUCAGUAGAUCUUGAAAAUAGGUUCUAUUAAACAUGGUUACGCUAAUCAAAUUGGAAAAGAAUAUGCCAAUUUAAAUUUAUUCAGAAAAAGGUAACUGCAGUUUAACAUAAAUAUUUUUCGAGAUUAAAGCAAAAAAAAAAGAACAUUUCUGAAUUGUUUUGCUUCUGAAGUAGCUUAACUUGGCAGAAGAGUAAACUGUGUCUGAUCACCUUCCAAAUUAAUAGAAUUAUUCAAAAUCUAUCCUAAAUUAAGGUUGCUUUUUUGCCCAAUUUUAAAUCACGUAAUAAAAUCAAAUUCUAAAAAUUGCCAAUUUAACCACUUACUUGGUGAUAUAUCUGUGCCAUUUGGCAAUUUUAAAAAUAUGUUUUGACCUUAUUUGGUAAUUUUGCUUCAAUUAAAAAAAAAAUUAUUCUGUAAUAUUUUGAUCAUAUCAACCAAAUUAUUGAUCAUGGUAAGCAAUGUAUUUUCUAUGUUUUCAUAUGCAAAUGGGGCAGGACUUUGGCAUUUCAAUAAAAUUAAACACGAUCAUGUUAAGUGGCAUUUGCUUAAGAUAGAGAUUUUAAAUACAAAUCAUCUUUAUUAGUAUAGCCAUAUAAUAAACCUAGUAUUAUGUCUUUAAGGAAAGAUAUAAAAAAAAAAACUGAUUGUUGGUAAAAAUAAGAAAAUUAACAUGGAAAUCACUUUUUUAACUGCUAAAAUAUACUUUGAAAACUCAAUGUUUUGUUAACGUUAAACAUCUAUGAAAACAUUUUUAGAAUAAAUUUGAAUAUCCACAGGCAAAUAAAGAGAGGUUUCCUCUUUAUUUGCCUGUUUUAUUUAUAACUGAAAGUAUUCAUAAAAUGUGAGAAUAAACUUUAUAUAUUUUAUGGUUAUGUACACUUUCAGUCAUUGUGGAUAUCAUGUUUCCAGUAUGUUGAUCACAUAUCUCAGAUGUGUUCAGAUUAUCUUAAAAAACAUUUUUUGAGAAAUAUAAAUGUUGAAUACAUUUUGGGAUUUUCGAUAAUUGCUAAAAGGAAGCACUACUAUUAAUAUUACUACUGUAAUGCUUUCAGGCUGUAUGUUAUAAAAUUAAUCAUUAAAAAAAUUUAAUGAUAUCAAGUGAAACAAAAUGUUAAAAUCUUUAAGGUAAAGUAAAAAAUUAUCUUUUACAAAAUUUUUAGGCAUUCUGAUUUUUUACCAACAGUUAUUUAUUCCAUUUACGUAAAAUUAAACUUGAAAUAAGAUUCAAAAUCCGAAUUCUAAAUCCAUAACCUUUGGUGCUUCAUUCUUAUUACAGUCUCCAUUACUUAAAUGAAGCAAACAUUUGUCAUAAACCAUUGCCAAAUUGAGGAAGUUCUGGCAAAUAUUUCUUAUAAAUUAUUACCAAAUGUCCAGUAGUCCUAACUACAGUCACUUAAGAAUCCGCAUGUCAUGGAAAAAGCUUUCAAGUAAGGUUUUCAUUUUGGAGGUAUCCAUUAACAAAAGGAAUAAUAGGUUUGAAGCUUGGAGGUUGCAUGGUGGAAAUUCUAAUUGAUUAUUACUUUUUGCAGUUUUCGAGAAAUAAUAAGUGGGAUAAUAUUAAACCUACUAUUCCACUUGUUAAUGGAUUUCACCAAAGCAACAACGCUAAUAGAAGCUGUCCUCAUGGUGGGCAGACUUAAAAUAUCUAUGGUUAGAACAAACAUUUCGUAAUGCAAUACAAGAGUAAAUGGUCCAAUGUAUCAUGUUUGAUAUAAGCUGAAAUGAAACAUUGUAUCUGAAAUUUUGAAAUGCAUAAAAGAUGUCAGAAUGCCAUGCAAUUUAAUUAUGUUAGUCAGAGCAUUGAAUUUGUUGUUAUAAGUAUUAUUUACUAUUUCAUUCUACAAAAUUAAAAUCUGCAUAAUAUAAACACAUGUUUAAGGUAUCGAAUUGCUUUACACAGUGAAACUAGCCUAAAUCUGGGUUGUGGCAAUAGAAUAUAUAGUGAUAUUUAAAUUAAAUUUCUGACUUCAUUACCAUAUGGAAUAAUUUAAAUGUGUAAAUGAACUUUAAUUUAUUUUUUAUUUUAAAUGUUAGGAUUUUUUAUUUAUAUUAUAUAAAAAAAAUUAAGUAUAUAUACAGGAAUCUAGAUAUUUCUUCAAAAAAAAAAAAAAAAAAACAGAAUUUGUAUGAAUUGUUCUCUUAAUUGAAAAUGGCUAAGUGCAUUUUCAAUUAAGAGAACAAUUCACACACAGUGACAUUCAGUGUUGCUAGGUCAAGGGCCACAUUUGUUCUUCUUAUGCUGGGAGUAAAGAAAUUAAAUAAUGGGGAAGCUGUAAUAAUAAGGAAGUACCAUUGCUUUUUCUACUUUAAUUUUAUGUAGGGUUUACUUUUACUGUAGUCUAGUUUUUGAGUCUUUCUUCCUUCCAUUUUAAAGAUAGAAAUCUGAAAAUUGAAUGAAGUAUUUCAACAAAUAAUUUUUUUUCUCAUGUGUGUGAUUUUUAUGAACUAUCAAUGCAUACUUUUAAAACUUUAUAUAUUUAGAUAUUAUGUAAGAAAUGCUGUUAAUAAAAACAUAUAUAAUGAAACUUGGUAAUUUUGGACUUAAAAUGCCUAAGACUUAUGCUAAAGCUGCUAAGUUAGCAAAUAUGAAUGUAUUUAUCAAGUAGUUUUAGGAAUAUCUCUUAUUGAAAAAAAUUAUGAAAAUUAAUAAAAAUAGUGAAUAAUUAUAAGGUAGUUAAAUAAAUGGGCAUUUAUUAAUUUUACAUAACUAUUUAAUAAUAUCACUAUUUUUAUUAAUUUUCUUCCAUUUCUUUUCAUAGGAAAUAAUCCAAA